AUAUAAAAGUAGUUGGAAAUUAAUGUAUUGAUAAUGGAUGAUCAUCUCCCUCAUUCUCUCGAGCGUAUUUUCUCUGAUCCCAAAUCUCCUAACCCUAACCCUAUUAAAAAACCAAAUAAUUUCUCAUGAAAAUUUCAGAUUUUAGGUUAUCUCAUUCUUCUCUCCAGAAACCCUAGCUUCUGUUUUCUUCUUCCUUUUAUUCGAUAUAGAGCCCACGAAAGGCAAAUUCGGGUAUUCGUUCCACCAUGGAAGGGUCUGUGGUGGAGGAUCUUGGGGCGCCGGAGUCUUGGGAGGUGGCCGAUUUGGACGCCACCAUGAGCCGCUUGAUGCUGUCUUCAAACAAGGAACCCAAACCAGAAUUUCCUGAUGCUACUUCUUCUUCAUCUUCUGUUUCUUCCGCUGAGAAGGUGGUUGCGGAGGAUGUCAUUAACCAGGUUGAUCAGUUUCUCCGUGAGGCUAUCCAAAACCCCCGCGAGCGCCUUUCCAUCCUGAGGAUGGAGCAAGAUGUUGAAAAAUUUAUCCGUGAUCCUACUCAGCAGCAAUUGGAGUUCCAACAGCUGCCUACAUCAUAUUUAAGGUUGGCUGCACAUCGUGUUGCGCAGCAUUAUUCAUUGCAGUCAAUGGUUUUAUUAGACAAUAAUUUACCUGAUGGUUCUGGUUUUAGAAUCAUUGUCUGCAAGACUUCUGAAUGCAGGCUUCCUCCUGUACGCCUGGCAGACAUCCCUGUAAAUUUACCAUCAGAAGACCCUGGUGUUGUUAAGGUGGCAAUUAAACAGAGGCCACAGAAAAGGUCUCAGCUUGCCAGCAAUUCAAAUUCAAAUUCUUUGAAGUCAAACAACUCCAAAAGUGUGGAAGAAAGAAAAGAGGAGUAUAACCGAGCUCGAGCAAGGAUAUUUAACUCUAAUAGUUCUAGCAGUGGCUCUGGUGGAAAACCAGAAAGUGAGCUGAGGUUGCAGGAUGCUUCCUACUAUGGUUCCUCAGGGAUGCCAAAGAUGGAAGAGAAACCUGUUUCAGUGGUUUCUGAUGUAAAUUCUGGUAGGGGUUUGAUUGAAUCCUCAACGAGUAGUAAUAGGUCAGCUAGAAGUAGGACAGAAAAGGAGCCAAGUGGUAGGAGCAAACCAAAUAAUAGGGUGGCCAUCUUUCGGGAUCGUGAGACUGACCGCAAGGACCCUGAUUAUGACAGGAAUUAUGACAGGUACAUGCAAAGAUCUGAUCCUGGAUUUGGGUUCAAUAGUGGACCAUACACAAUGCAGCCUAUGUACACCCCUGCAAUUAACUACAACACUGAAUUUCCACAACUUGGAUCUACUCAUAGGCCUCAGAUAUCUACUGAACACCAACCUCUGCCUCUGCCACAACAUAUACCUGGACCCUGGGUUGCACCUUCAACUGCUACAGGAAUCAGUUAUGGUCAUCCUGAAACAAUGAUGCCACCUUUUAAUCCAAAUCAUGUUGGUGCACGCUCCACCUCUACCAUAUAUUUACAUUCAUCUCAGUAUCCUUGUCAGCAUCCUGGAAUGCCUUUCAUCCACCCUCAUGAGCAUGUCCACCAGCCUUUUUCACAGUAUCAUCAACAGCAGCCUGAUACUAGUUUUGGAUUAGCCCGGCCCCGGUGAGGGGCUUGGGCCAUGCCUGCACCCUGCCAGCUAAAAAUUGAUGUGAAAUAUGCGGGUCAAUGCAGCAACGAGUUAUCUAAACUGGCAGGAGUGCAGGCAUAGGGAACCGGGGUGAACUGGAUUUCUACAUUAUAUUGAUGGAUACAUGCAUUGAUCCAUUCCACCACCCUCGGUUUUAUCUUGGAGCUUCUUGUAUCUUUGUCCAAGGUUGGAGGAGCUCUUUUGGUUAUCGUAUAUUUACUGCCGUUGAUGAUGAUGAAAAACAGAUCAGAAUUAUCGGUGUGUGAUUGCUCAUCAAUGAUGAAGCUACAUGAGGAGCCAAUGGGAAUUGGGACGCCACGUUUUCUCUGGUAGGGGUCAAAUUGCUUCUGACCUGUGGGGCUUUUCAAUUUGCAGCAUCGCCUAAUGGUAAAGCUUUUACCGAGAAAUAAUAUGCCUUUACUGGAAAAGUUCUUUGCUGAAAUAAUAAAGCAAAACCAGAUUAUGUACCAUAUAAGCAUUUGAUCGAGGCCUAUUUUGAACCUUUUGAUUGCUAGAAAGAGGAGAAAGCUUGGUCGUAGCAGAAGGUAAGAGCAGCUUCUGUGUUUCAUCUCUUUCUCCCAAGGGUUGGUUCCAAAGGCAUAAGUCGGAAGAAUCAAGCAUCCCAAAGGACUAAUGGAAGAUUCAAGGCUUUGAGCCGGAUUGAGCUGCAUGUAGCCAUUUCGCAUUGGAAACCAAUACCUAUAUCGAUAGGACUCCUUACCUAGAGUCCCGGUUGUUUUCCAACUGGAUGAGCUGUACAUUCGAGUAUCUAGCGUUUAUUAAUAUUUCAGCAAGCUGAGUAUUUGUAAUCUUGAUUUACAGGCAUACACUUGUUUUCUGAAUAUUCUGAGUGCUGAGCUGUCUGGGCGGAAUAGGAAAACGAGUAGUUUUUUCUGCUCGUGACUUCGCGCAAGCAAUGACUGGCAUAUUUAAACCAGUUAUAUUACAGAAUGCUAUAGCCUCUCUUUCAGAGCAUAAUUUGGGAGCAGCAAGUGAAAUGGGUCAUCAGUCUUUUUACUGCAGCCUCAGCAUAUUGAAAUUUACGGAGGAUCCGGUCAUGUGCAUGUUUUUCUUGGUUUGUCAGGUUGCUGACAUUCAUGUAUUCGAUGCGUAUUCGGAGUGAAAACUAUCAACUGGAUAAUGAAAUCACCUGACUGCAUUUUGCCUUUUAUUUCAUUAGUUUAUGCAUUUUCAUGUGUUUAAAUUAUGGUGGUGUUUUGUAAAUACUUGUGUCGAGGCAAGAGUAAGCGCUCAAUCAUACUCUAUUGAAAUUAUUCACAUAAAAAGCUCAAAUUAAUUAAGGGUUACUCGAGCCCAAGAUAAGAUUCCAAGUCUAAUUAUUGGUUAAUAAAAUUUUGGAGCAACCUGUUGUAACCAAUUGUCGCUCUUUGGAUAGUAUUUCAGCCAAUACAUUUGAAAUUACUGCCGUAAUUAAUAUAAAUAUUACAAUCACCAAAUUUGUUAAAUAUUUUAAUCAUAAUAAUUGAUAAGUGAAUUUCAAUUCCAUUUUUGUCAUUUGGGAAGAUUUUCUGUCUCCGUAUCUGGCAAUUUUCAGAUAUUUGUAUCACGGGUUUUUUUGUUUCAGUCAUUUGACAAAUAAGAGCCUUAUUUUCAGCUUCAAUUUCUACCAUAUGGGACUCUUCUUCCGGUCCUUAUGCUUUGAUCAUUAUUUU